UUGAGGCUCAGCUAGCGGCCGACUGCAAACAUGCAGAUCUUCGUGAAGACGUUGACGGGGAAAACCAUCACCCUUGAGGUUGAGCCCAGCGACACUAUCGAAAAUGUCAAGGCAAAGAUCCAGGAUAAGGAAGGAAUUCCCCCUGAUCAGCAGCGUCUGAUCUUUGCUGGAAAACAGCUGGAGGAUGGACGCACACUGUCCGACUACAACAUCCAAAAAGAAUCCACUCUCCAUCUGGUUCUGCGUCUGCGUGGUGGCAUCAUUGAGCCUUCCCUCAGACAGCUGGCCCAGAAAUACAACUGCGACAAGAUGAUCUGCCGCAAGUGCUAUGCUCGUCUGCACCCCCGUGCUGUCAACUGCCGCAAGAAGAAGUGCGGACACACCAACAACCUUCGCCCCAAGAAGAAGCUGAAGUAAACAUUUUGACUAAAUUGGCACUCUGUGCUUUUUUGUGUUAAAAUAAAUGUAAGAAAAUGA